AAACUCAGAGCAAACAUUCCUUUACUCGUGUCAAGAAGCGAAGGUAGCGAAACGCCAUGGCGGAGUCACCACUUUUCUUGUUGUCGAAUGAAGUUGCUCGCCUGUUACGCUAUAAAGACUUGAUCCCUCGUCUGGAGGAAACUUUGGCUAAAUUUUCCACAAGAGACCCAGCGGAGGUGAUCCAGCCUCUGCGGACCACUCUGCUUCUGCAGAAACUGAACGGUAACUUUGCAGUGAUGCCUUCAUACAUGGAAAACGAUGGAAUACUGUGCACAAAGUUGCUGUCUUGCUACAAACGAGAGAAAGGCUCCACAUUGCCAGCUCUUCAAGCCACAGUGGUGCUGCUGGAUCCUGCGAUUGGAAACUUGAAGGCCGUGAUGGAAGGAAAUGUCAUCACAUGCAUGAGGACGGCUGCAGUGUCUGCCAUCUCUGCGAAGCUGCUCAUGUCUCCCCAUGCAGAGGUGUUGGCCAUCUUGGGAACAGGCCAACAGGCUCUGAGUCAUUACAGUGUCUUCACUGAGACAUUUUCAUUCAAAGAGGUGCGAGUGUGGGGCCACACAAAACAAGGGACGGAAAGGUUUCAAAGUUCAGUCAGCGGACCCGUAAACGUCUGCGACUCAGCGGAAAUGGCAGUGAAGGGCGCUGACGUCAUAGUGACAGUGACCUCAAGUUCAGAGCCGGUGCUCUUUGGACAGUGGGUCAAACCAGGAGCCCACGUGGCAGCGGUGGGAGCCUGCAACGAAACCUCGCGGGAACUUGAUGAUGUGCUGAUGAAGGAGGCGGUGAUCUAUACUGACUGCAGGGAAGGAGCCAUGACUGAGUCUGGAGACAUCAUCCUCUCUGGGGCUGAGGUGUUUGCAGAGCUCGGAGAAGUUAUCAAUGGAAAAAAAGCUGCGCUCAGAGAGAAGACAACUGUGUUUAAAUCCCUUGGAAUGGGGGUUGAGGAUGCAGUGAGUGCCAAGUUGGUGUUUGACCGAUGGAAAGCAAGCCAAGCGGUUUAAAAUCGUCCCUAUGCGAGACAAGCUAAAUGCAUUGAAUGCCAAAUGAAUUAUUAAAACCAUCAUAACGGGACUGAAUGUUCAAGUCUUUAUUUACUUAAAAAACAAUCAUACCAUAUUAAGCAAGUGUGCACCACUGAAACACUGUUAAAAUGAGUUCAGAUUCGACCAUUGCUCAAGUGAAAAUAAAACUGUUUAAAUGUUACAGCUGACGAUAUCACACUGUAUGACACACACUGGCUGAUAAUGAAACACAGCAAUAUCUGAAUGUCAUGACAGUACCAAGAGUUUAAAAUAAUUUUAAAAAAAUCUUAAGAGAAAUGUAAAAUGUUAACCACAGGAAAGCAACAAAGUAAAUUCACAACAAAUACAAGCUGAGCACAUCUGAACCUUAGCAAUGAAAAACACUUUCAAUUAGUGUUGAAAUACUGAACUCUUAUGCGUACAACACUUUUAAGUCGUUUGUUUAAGUCCAACUCCCAAACCGGUUCCUUCACAAUGUUGUUUGGAUUAUGUAUGUCUGCAAGUAAAAACAUGUUUAACUCCAACUAUCAAACCGGUUCCUUCACAAUGUUGUUUGGAUUAUGUAUGUCUGCAAGUAAAAACAUGUUUAACUCCAACUAUCAAACCGGUUCCUUCAUAAUGUUGUUUGCAUUAUGUAUGUCUGCAAGUAAAAACAUGUUUAACUCCAACCACCAAACCGGUUCCUUCACAAUGUUGUUUGCAUUAUGUAUGUCUGCAAGUAAAAACAUGUUUAACUCCAA